AUGGCAGCCCAAAGUCGUCGUCCAAGGGGCCUAUCAGCAAAUCAUGUUAACGAAGAGGAGCGAUUGCACACCAUUAUAAACGACAAGUCCACCCUGUCUUCCGUCUAUCUACUUGGGAAGGAGAACUGGGUUAAGAUCGAUGAGCGUUCCAACUGCUUUUACUGCGCUCGCAAGUUCCGACCCUUCUCAAUCAAACGCCACUGCCGCUCCUGUGGGGAAAUCGUGUGCUCCAACUGUUACCGGCGACGAAGAGUGGGUGUCACCCCAACGCUAGAAGUCACGGUUCGUCUCUGCUUUGACUGCAUCGACAAAGCCAUGCUUCGUGCUGAAACUGAGAGCCUUAGAAAGAGUAUUGUUAUCAUGAAACAAUCGGGCAGUAUUGAGGAUAGCCACGAAGAAAUUGUCACUGAGACGUGUAAGCCCGAAAGGAAAAAGACUUUCCGAGACAGUGCGCAGACCACCAGCACAAGCGCGUCAACAUGCAGCCGCUUCUCAGAAUUCUCAGGCUGCGAUAACUCGAGCGAUGCAGGCAGUGACGCAAGCGACAGCAGCAGCCUUGGCGGAAGUAGUGGGGCAAAAUUUCCAGGUUCUCGGCGUGGUAGUCGUCGAGGACAGUCGGGGAUCCCAGCAACUGACCUGAUUGAAUUUCUUCCACAGGAGGAACAGUUCAAGAUCUACGAUGCUCGCAGGCAUGAAAUCCUUACACAGUACAGAGUGCUGGACACUGAGCCUGAAAAGGAAUACGACGCCGUGUGUGAGCUGGUUCGUCACGUCCUCGAGUGCAGUGUGGCUGCCGUAGCGUUUAUGGACCAGACUAGGCAGUGGUACAAGGCACGAUACGGAAUUGCUCAAGCUGAGCUACCACGCGACAUUGCCUUUUGCUCGCAACUGUUGCAGACGCCACUGCCGACAAUAGUCAUGGACGUAACCAAAGACUCUCGUUUCAACCAAAAUCCGCUUGUCACGGGCUCAGCUAACAUUCGUUUCUACGCCUCAGCACCUAUUUGCGACCCCCACAGUGGUAUUGUUAUUGGUUCGGUGCUCGUGAUGGACCCGACACCAAAGCAGAAACUGCCAGCACGUGCGAUGGAGGUGUUGUCAUAUGUAUCUUCAGCCGUCGAAAAGCUUCUCCAAGGCGAAGUAUCUAUACCCACCACACCUACCAUGAAGCCGAAGCGUCGCAAAUCAGCCGGCCAUCCCAUCCGCCGAGAACCGCUACCACUUUUCCCAGAUAGUCGGUCUGCUUCUCUUCAGAGCGUACCUGAAGAGAUUGAAGACGGUGACUUUUGCUCAAAUGCAUCCAGUUUGUCAUCAAACAGUAGCGCGCGGAGCAGCCAAUGUAGCAGGUUGCACCGCUCGGGGUCAAAGACACAGCUAUCAGCUCGAAAUUUCCAAUCGCGAUACCAGUCACUGGACUCGCAGGCGGGAUCGACAUCUUCGGUAUCGGGCAAGUCUUCUAACACAUCCAGUUCAAAGCUCAGUAUCGAUGACCUGGUCUCUUUGAAGCCAAUGAAUAUCACAUCAGCGCAAGAGGCAGCUCCAGCUCAGUUAAAAAAACUCGACUCGUCAUGCAUCGAGCUCUUUCAACGCAUCACUUCCACCCAAGAGCUUCUAGCGCAGCAACAUGACACUGUAUUGGCGACGCUAACGCAGCACUCCUCGCGCAUCAGAUCUAUCGAAAAGACCGUAGAUCGGAUUGAAGGCAUCUUGCAUAUGCAGCAAACAUACAACAUGCCACACUUUGCCGACUCAGCGGGGCGGCAGCCAGUAGAUAUGUAG